AAUAAAUGUUGGUCAUUCUCAUUUUUUCGAACUUGCAACAUACUUCUCUGCUUGCAUUAUUUGACCAAUCGAAGGGCCCUUGAAUCGAUUAACAUGCAUGUUGAUUUUAAAACAUGUUAGGCAGCCGUUAAAGUUUAUUUGAAAUACGUGGAAGAAAAAUAUAAAACAUGAAUGAACGAUGAAUAAAAUUUCAUGUUUUUUGAGUCAUAGAAUUAUUUUAUGAAUCGGAGUUUUGAUAUAUUACGUUCCGUUACGUAAAUUCUUCUCUUGGCCUUUAGUUAGGUUAUUUUUUUAAAUGGAACAAGCGGUGAUUCUUUCGCCAAAUUCACGUCAAAACGGUAAUAAUCAUAUUUGUGAUACAAACAAUGAAAAUGUUUGCCCAAACCACAGUGACUCGGAAAUUGAACGUCAAAUUCCAUUUGGAGAAUGUACUCCACAACAGACGUCAACGAGCAAACAAAUUGACAAUUCCAUUUUCAAUACCAUAUCUAAAAUUGUUAACCCUGCAGCAAAGGUACCAGAAAUUCAAGAUUUUAAAAUCGUGAAACCCAUAAGUCGGGGAGCAUUUGGCAAAGUAUUUCUUGGUUACAAAAAGUCGAAUCCUGAAAAAGUAUAUGCGAUUAAAGUAAUGAAGAAAAAUGAGAUGAUAAAUAAGAACAUGGCCUCACAGGUGAUAAUAGAGAGAAAUGCAUUGGCCUUAACGCAUAGUGCUUAUUGUGUGCAGUUAUUUUAUUCACUGCAGUCUGUUAGCAGUAUUUAUUUAGUAAUGGAGUACAUGGUAGGUGGAGAUCUCAAAAGCUUAGUUGGGGUAUAUGGAUACAUGGAAGAGUCCAUGGCAGCGUUUUAUACUGCAGAAGUAUGCCUUGCUUUGGAAUAUCUUCACUCUCAUGGAAUUGUACAUAGAGAUUUAAAGCCAGAUAACAUGCUUCUAUCAAAAGAAGGACAUGUUAAGCUCACAGAUUUUGGGCUUAGUAAAAUAUCCUUACACAGAGAUCUUGAGAUAUCUGAUUUAGUAAAUUGUACACCUAGCCUCUGUGCUAGAACACCUGGACAACUUCUUUCAUUGACGUCUCAUUUAUCUUUUGGUUCUGGACAAAGAUCCAGAAGCGAAUCCAGUCUCAGUGAUAGAAGCACACCAGGUGCUAACUUGCUCCCUGCUUUGCAACGAAAUUGUAGCAAAGUGCAAUCGUCACCAAAUUCUGUAUACUCUUCUGUUACUACAUCAAGCGAUUACUCCCGCGUGUCAGGAGUUACUCCUUUCCAGUCUGCCGAGGAUCUCCGCUUAGGGAUCAAUAUAGGGAUCAAUUGCAUAAUGGAAAAUGAGGAUGAGAGUAGUUCAGGGAGUUAUCACACAUGUGAGGCAUCUUUAAUCCGCGUCAAUAGCCAACUUAAUCACAACGUAGAAGAAGAAGAAGAUGAAUCCACACUGGAGGCUGAUCAAUCCCAACAACCUCUCCUUCACACUAGCCCACUGAGUACAUGUACAAGGGGUUCAAAGAGGAAGAGGCCUACAGCAGUGGCAACAACCGGCCUAACGAGUGAGAUAAGCGCGAUGGAUCUCGAUGUAGAUAAAACCCCAAAAAGAAAGAAUCGUGGUUGCAUAUUUUCCAGGAGUCCUAUCAGUUCUACCAUGUCCGAGUCGAACAAGCAAACGAACAACGUUAGCAACAAUGAAGAACAGGAAGGGGCAGGUGGUAGAGUGGCGUUCAGCACUCCUGUGUCGUACAUGAAGCAGAGAUGCCACAGUGAAGAGAAGGAGCACAAAUGUGUAGAGGAAUCAGUGCCUCUAAUUAAAACCACAAGAUUCCAACUUCCACCUGUUAACACAUCGCAUUCGGCUCCAGAGAUACAGUUAAAUAUCUCGAAACAUCGUUCCCCUCAUGGUAUAUCACCUAUAAAGACACCAGCGAAUUCGGGCAAUUGUUACACACCUUACAGAACUCCAAAAUCAGUAAGAAGGGGUCAGAUCGGUACUCAUCGAUCGGACGAUCGCAUACUCGGGACUCCCGACUAUCUAGCUCCAGAAUUGCUUUUGAAACAAGGUCACGGUCCCGCGGUAGAUUGGUGGGCCCUAGGUGUAUGUCUUUUCGAAUUCUGUACCGGUGUUCCACCAUUCAACGACGAGACACCGCAGGCUGUGUUCGCAAAUAUUCUUGCGAGGGACGUCCCCUGGCCGGAAGAUGAAGAAGCUUUGUCAGCUGCAGCUACGGAAGCCAUAGAUGCGUUGCUUACCCUGGAUCAACAUGAGCGUCCCUCAGCCCCAGAAGUAAGAGUCAUGAAACUUUUUCAGGAUUUUCCUUGGGACGAACCGCUGAAAGCGGUGCCACCCUUUAUACCGCAACCUGACGAUAACUACGAUACAUGCUAUUUUCAAGCAAGGAACAUUAUGCAACACUUGAACGUGAGCAGCUGCGAUACGUAGUAUAGGAGAUGAUCUAACUAUGUGAUGGGCAUAUGAAAUGAGCUUGUGGGCACUGGCGGGCACAGUGCUGGGCAGCGGUGAGAUGUGGGAUGAAGAGAAAUUAUUUUUUAAGAUCAAAGUAUUUAGAAAAGUUAGUUAAA